AUGAGUAAUUCAGCCACUCUCAAAAAGGAAUUCCUCAAGAAAUGGAUAAAGGGCCUCCACGUGUACACUAGUUCCCACAAGGGCAAUAUGGGAAUUCUCGAGCAAAAGAGGGCCAUCAAACUAUCGGCCGAUGCAGCCAUAGCCUCGACCCGGAAGGCCACGACGCACUGGAGUCGGGCCCUAAUGGAAGACCUCGUCUCAUCGUCAGAUGAGCCUAGUAGAAUCCUAGUCCAACAAAUACUGGGCCACAAGUCCCAGUUACCAGCCAGCAACAACAGCAGCCGCAAUAAUAAUAAUAAUAAUUUGGCGAUUGCAUGCAGCAAGAGGAUUUUACGAAAAAGUCGCAUCACUAGGGUUGUACCUCGGCGAAUGAAAUCGAGCUCGGAUGUUGUGGCGAGAAGGCUCGUGAGGAGCAAGAUGCGCGUGCUUAAGAGGCUUGUACCGGGAGGAGAGAGAAUGGACGAGCGGUGUUUGGUCCGCGAAACCCUAGAUUAUAUCUCCUCCCUUAGGGUUCAGGUGGACGUUAUGCGGUAUCUUGUUAGUGCUGCUAGUAAAUUGGAGGCUUAA